AUGGCUUCUGAACCACUUGAUCUGAGCGGGGUGAGUUUUUACGGUAUACCGCGGUUUGUUUACACUUAUUUUUUAUGGAUCAUAUAUUGUACAUGGCAAGAUGACGUCAAUAUUAAUUCGAGAUUGCUUCUAACUGAUCUUUUAUAGGAUGGAGGAGUUCUCAAGACCAUCUUGAAGCCUGGAAGUAGCGACAAAAAGCCGGCUAAUGGUGACACCGUCUAUGUGCAUUACACUGGAACUUUGGCUGAGAACGGCGAGAAAUUCGAUUCCUCGAAAGAUCGGGACGAGCCCUUCAGCUUUUCACUUGGAAAAUCUCAAGUUAUCAAAGCUUGGGAUAUUGGAAUUGCCACUAUGAAGGUUGGAGAAGUCGCCGUUUUUGAUUGCCGAGCUGAUUAUGCGUAUGGAGCUAGUGGGUCCCCACCAAAGAUUCCCGGAAAUGCAACUCUACGAUUUGAGGUGGAAUUACUCAGGUUCGAAGGAGAAGAUAUCUCACCUGAUCGUGACGGAACAAUUAUCAAGUCGGUGAUUGUUGAAGGAGAAAAAUACAACUGUCCCAGUGAAUUUGCACCAGUUACUAGUGAGUUUUUUCGAUGUUUUUAUGUAAUGCCUUUCAAAUUAUCCAGACUAAUCUGAUUAAUUUUAGUCCAUGCUGUUGGCUCGUACAAUGGAAAUGUUUUUUACGACAAAACUGUGACCUUUGAACUCGGAGAAGCGUGUGAAUAUGGACUUCCAGAAGGUGUGGACAGAGCCCUCAGAAGGAUCAACAAGGGAGAGAAAUGCCGGGUCACCCUCAAAGGACCGCGGUUCACUUACGGCUCCAAAUCCCCUGAGGGAGUAAACCUCCCAUUGAAUGCUGAGAUUGAGUUCACCAUCUUCUUGACGGACUUCGUGAAGGUUAAGGCCAGUUGGGAGAUGACCGAUGAAGAGAAAAUCGAACAUGGAAAGGUCCUGAAGGAGAAGGGCACCAAGUUCUUGAAGGAAAAUAAGCUCCAAUUGGCCCUGAACAAGUACGAAGCGAUCGUUAAUGUUUUGGAACAUAUGAAACCAACUCAGGACAGUCUAAAGGAAGAAGUGGACUCCGUUUUGAUCGCUGCUUGGCUCAACUGCGCCUUGGUCAACAUAAAAUUGAAUGAAACCGCGGAAUGCAUCAAAUUCUGCGACAAAGUCUUGGAAAGGAAGCCCGACCAUGUGAAGGCUCUCUACCGAAAGGCUCAAGCUUUGGAACAUCGAACUGAAUUGGAAGAUGCCAUCGCCGUGUAUAAGAAGGUCUUGGAAUUGGAGCCGGAAAACAAGGCGGCCGCCCAACAGAUCCUGGUCUGCAAUAAACUGAUAGCCGAACUCUUGGCCAAGGAAAAGAAGAAAUAUUCGGGUCUCUUCGAGAAGUUGUCCAAGAUGGAAGAAGCUGAACAUGGAGAUAAAAUCGCCGACCAUGACGCCCUCGAAGGAACCAGUGAUCAGCCUCAGCAAUCAGCCAUGGAGGUGGAAGCGAACUAA